CAAUCGCAAGGUGUGUGUAUCGACACAGAGUGUGUGAUCAGCGCGUUUACAGUAGGACACUUUCAAAAGUGAUGGCACUAAGAAGAGCACUGCAUUUUGUUUUUAAAGUAGGAGACAGGACCAAAACAGCCACUUUUUACAGGGAUGUCUUAGGAAUGAAGAUUCUGCGACAUGAAGAAUUUGAGGAGGGCUGCAAAGCUACCUGCAAUGGUCCAUAUGAUGGAAAAUGGAGUAAAACCAUGGUAGGCUUUGGACCAGAAGAUGACCACUUUGUUGCAGAGUUGACCUAUAAUUAUGGAGUGGGUGAAUAUCGCCUUGGCAAUGACUUUCUGGGUCUCACUCUGCAGUCCAGUCAGGCAGUGAGUAAUGCUAAGAGGUUAAACUGGCCUCUAACACAAGUCGAAGAGUCUCUCUACAUGACUGAAGCUCCGGGAGGAUACCGCUUCUACCUUAUAGACAAGGAACUGCCGAACUGUGAUCCUGUCCAGAAAGUCUCCCUGGCAGUGUCUGAUCUGCCGCGUUCUAUUCAUUAUUGGUCUGCUCUGCUGGGAAUGAAGGUUAUUGAGAAAAAUGAGGACAAAAAGAUUGCCUUAAUGGGUUUCUCAGAUAAUCAGUGCAAGCUGGAGUUACAGGACAUUGGAGGCGCUGUGGAUCAUGGAACUGCUUUUGGAAGAAUCGCAUUCGCUUGCCCUCGGGAUCAGUUACCAGACAUUGAAGCGCUAAUGAAAAAAGAAAAGCAGAAAAUCCUAACCCCUCUUGUGAGUCUGGACACACCUGGAAAAGCCACAGUGGAAGUCAUCAUUCUUGCAGAUCCUGAUGGCCAUGAGAUCUGCUUUGUGGGCGAUGAGGCAUUCAGGCAGCUUUCUGCUGUGGACCCGAAGGGGAAUAAAUUACUAGAUGAGGCCAUGGCUGCAGAUAAGAGUGACGAGUGGUUUGCCAAACACAACAAGCAGAAGGCUUCAGCAUAAACGCUGUCUGGCUUUAUUGAAACAGCUUGAAAAUAUCCAGGAUGCUCAGUCAACCAGAUGUUUGUUAUUAUACAUUUCAGUGGUUUGGAAAUGAUGAUCAAAAUUCAGUUUUAUUUCAUGAAAAUAACAUAAAAACCCGCGUCUCUUGACUUGUAGACAUGGUGAAAAAUAUGUAUAUUUGUGUAAUUACAAAAAGUAAAUCUUCACGAUUAUGUUGUUAUUCUCUUGAAAGUGUAAAUAGGUUUCAUAAAUAAAGAAUAUAAUCAGGAAGUGUAAUGUUAUAAAUAUUCAGUGGCUGUUAAAAUAAACAUUUCCUGCCUUUGGUGCCAUUCAUAAUUAAUUGCAAUUAUUACUAGCAUCAUGGUAUACAGUACACCAAAGUGCAGAAAAAGAAAGACCGAAAGCUUUCAUUCUGCUGACCAGCAGAGAUCAGUAUUGUAAUGCUUCUGCAUUAUAGUAUGAGUUAUUAUCCAUGUAUAUAUAUGACAGAAUCUUAUGUAUAUAUGACAUUGAAAAACAUACAGAAUCUUGAAUCUUAUAGACUCACAAAUAAAUCAUGUUUGAUUAA